UACGCUCGCGUCGUCAGUUUUACUACAACCUUUUGCGGAACUGCACGCGUGUUUCUUGCCGCCAAUAUUGAAUAAUUUCAUUCACCACCUGUACACGAAUCUAUAAGGUGCAAAGUCCAGAGUCCAACGUAAAUUUACUGACCUGACCCGCGCUGCGCUCAUCGAUAGCCAUAUCGUCAUCAUGGCACUUCGCACAUUUCGAACGUUGCACAAAUUUGGAUCCUCGCUUAUCAAAGUGGAACGCAACUUCGCCUCGUCAUCGGCGCCGCUAUCUUAUCUCUCGAGUCAACCCUUUCGCGCACUUCACACUGAAACGGGAGGCAAACGAAAGGCGGCCAGUGUCGGUAAGCCGCAACCAUUACCAUGCUCCUCAGUACGACCUCUGCUGAUACGAAGUGCUAAUCUGUCCGACGGUGACGAAUCGACGCAGCCACGACGUCAUCUGGCGGUGGAGCUGACAGACGGCAAUCGGUACAAGUUCCCGCUGGUUUGGCUGCGCGAUAACUGCCAGUGUUCGGAGUGCUUCCAUCCGGGAUCCCACAGUAGAAUUUUGAACUGGGAAUCAUUCGAUGUUGACGGGGUCGAGUUGGUAAGCUGCACGGUGGCCAACGAUGGGAGCCAAGUGGACAUUGUCUGGAGCGAUGGUCACCGGUCGCACUUCGGGUGUGAGUGGUUACUGCAGAGGAGAUUUACGGAUGCUAGUGGGCGAGAUUAUCUGCGCGAAUGGUACAGACCUCCACCGCAGCUGUGGGGUAGGGAGGAUUUCAAGAAUGUGAUAAGCAGUUUUGAGUUUAGCGAUGUGAUCAACUGCGAUGAGGCGUUGCAAAGCUGGAUCGAAGCGUUGGUACGGUACGGAACGGUCAUGAUUAGAAAUGCGCCUCUGACGGAGCUGGAGUGCCGGAGGCUGGCCGAACGCGUUGGAUUUAUUCGCAAAACGCAUUACGGCGAAGAAUUCAUCGUGAAGGCCAAGGAAGGAACCAGUAAUGUGGCCUACCUGUCGACCCCACUUCAGAUGCAUACCGAUCUGCCCUAUUAUGACUACAAACCGGGCUGCAAUCUGCUGCACUGCCUGGUUCAAUCCCGCUCCGAAGGGGGACAAAAUCUCAUCGCCGACGCGUUUUUCGUUGCCGAUAUGAUGCGGAGAGAUUUCCCAGCGGAGUACCAAACGUUGACCGAGACGCUGAUCAACUGGACAGACAUUGGCGAGGACGCUGGUGGUCAGUUUCACAGUAUCUACCGGGCACCGGUGAUAUGCAUCGGUCGCGACGGAAAUCUGGAACGCAUCAAUCACAGUGUCCCCCAGAGGGAUAGCUUCUUCAAUGUUCAGCUGGACCGGGUGGAACCAUGGUAUCGUGCGAUGUCCCGUUUUGUGCAGCUAAUCCACCGGGAAGCGGUGGCAUUCAAAACCGCCCCCGGCGAUAUACUUACGUUUAGCAAUGUGCGAAUGGUGCACGGUCGGACCGGUUACACCGAUACCGACGUCAACACGAGACACAUCGUGGGGGCGUAUCUCGAUUGGGACGAAAUCUACUCCAAGUUGAGGGUGUUGAAGGCGAGAGUGCUGAAAUAGGGAUGUGAGAUGAGAGUGGUGAUGAAUUUGGGUUUGGUUGGUUUUGUUUUUCAAGCAAUUAUUUUUAUUUUUUACUUUUCACAGUGAAAACUAUGUUAAGUAUAGCGCGUAGAAGACCUGUUUUCACAUACAUGUCUUUUUGCAACGUAAGAGAUGUUACGAUUAAAGAUAUUUGCACACAUUGAAAAGAGAAGAGACACAUGUAAUCACUAUUCCCUACGAAUACGAGUAAAAUUGUAAAUAGUAGUUGUUUUCUUCAGAGUAAAAUCACAAUAAUUUCUUCGGA